AACCUGAAACGUCCCUUUUGACUGAGCACGUAAAAAUUCGAUGUCCCGACCGGAGUGAAGUUUGUCAACGACAUCGGAAACAUGAAAACACCGAGUAGUCAGCUUUCAAACAACUUGACUGAUACUUCCGUGGCAGUGUGUACCUUAUAGGAAGGAACCUAGAGAAAACAGAGUGUAGAAUGGAAAAGACGUUGGAUCGUGGGUAAAACCAGCCGUAGGCGCUGUUGAACGACGGAUUUCUGCGUGUAUAUGCACAAUGUCACGUGACUUACUCGGUACCCGAUUAAUAAGGCAGAAAAGAUAUCCGGUCGUUAAUUCCUCCUGGGAGUGGAUGCCAUACCCGUGGACGUAUACAAGCAUGGUAUGAUAAAGGGAAAUUAAGAAAUCCCCAAAGAUGAAACCUCUUAUCCUAGUGAUUUCCUCCCUCCUCCUUCUAUCCCUGACCCUCGGCUUCACCCUGCAAGAGGAUGAUCUCGUCUUCGACGACGUGGGCGAAGAGUCCUCCUCGACCGUCCCUCAUUCCCACGACGAUCGUCACGAUCAUCGCGAGGAUCAUCCGAGGAACCGCGACUCCAAGAAGCGUCACGUCGAGAGACUCUGGGGCGUACCUCAUAUAGCGAUCGUGUCGGCGGGACACGUUUUCAAAAUGAAGAUCCCGCGACUGGCCUUCAGCGGAAACGUGGAUCAUUACGAGGCACGCGGUGGCCUCGGGAAACCUCUGGCACGUUGGCUGUAUUGGGACGAGGCGGCCUCCACGUUCCUGGGCGUUCCGUCGACAAAGGACAUAGGACAGCACUUUGUGAACAUCAAGGCCUACGGGAGGCACGGCGACGUCGCCAAGGAUGGCUUCGCGAUACAAGUAAUCCCCGAGGGGCGCGACCAGGUCGCUCACAAAGAUGGGAGCACGCAUUGUAACGAGGGCGAAGAUCAAACGAUCCUGACGAUCUUACUGGACGCAAGAUACGACAGUCUGAAGCCUUUUGUGAAGGUCGACGCCAUUGAGAAUCUCGCCGGAUUUCUCGGAUUGCACACGAGUGCCUUUUCUAUUCAUCCGCACGGUGCCAAGGACACUCCAAGCACUGCUGAUUCCUCCGUGAUCCUUGCUGGUCCAGGAAAUGUCAAGCAUCGCUGGAACAAACAUUCCUCGAUCAUCCAAUGGCAGGUGGGCUGCGACGGUCACUUGUGGCGUCAUCAGGCUGACUUGGUAAAGCAGCUGCGAGAACAAGCCAGAGACGGUACCAUAGCUGAGGUUCUUCAACUUCCCGUACUUCUCUGGCACAUUAAAACCGACUCGAGUUCUCUUUUGAGAAGUCGUAGAGAUAUCGGUUCUGGGGAUUAUGGCAAUACCGAUGACUACGAGGCGUACGACGAGUACGAUGACUACGGAGACGGUCAAGGGGAAGACGAUGACGAGAACGAAACGAUUACCGAGCUUCCCGAGGAGAAAUUAUUACAUGUAUAUGAGGCAAACGAACCUGCGGAAGCGGAAGCAGAACAUCCCCACAGGCAUCAUCAUGGCGAAGAGUCUAUAGACUGGAAGGUCGAGGAAAUCGAUGAACAAGAAAUUGUUCCAAGAGUUCUAGGAGGUAUUCAGAAUUCCGUACCGACCGCAACGAACCAGACGACAACCAUGCAACCGACAACAACGCCGCCGCCAUCAUCGUCGCUACCUCAAACAACAGUAACGACCACAACAACCCUACUGACACUUCCAAUAACAUCGAUUCAAGAGAAACCAUCGGCAACGAUCAUUGGCACUAACACGAGUGCAGCAACAACCGCCACUCCAGCAACAACUGUUAUAAUUAGCACAACAACAACAACAACGAAACCCACAACCAUGCCGCCAGUAACAGAACCUUCUAAAACUGAUGGCACCGAAGAACCCACAGAGAGAACGAAACGUAUUGACUUUGAACUUGAGACUGUUGUACCUACGACUCCUCCCCCAAAAUAUACAACCACUGCAUCACCCACGGUAACAACCCUGCCACCAAGUACAACCAACGCAUUCGGUCCGGAUACGGAGAGGCCUGGAACGAAUUCGACUACGGUUAUUCUAAGUGUCACGAAUGAAGAGACAACCGAACAACCUACGAUGCCUACCGUGGGAGUCAAGACGACUGUUCCGGUGACGACUACCGUUGCCACUACUCCAACACCCAGUCCUGUAUUUACGACUCCUACUUCUACCGCACGUCAGCCAGCAAUGGUUCCUAACACUACAACUGAUACGCCAAGACCAACGGUUACCACGACCAAAAUGACGACUACUAUGAGACCGAGUACUCAAUCUCCUGUUGUUACGGAGAAGAUCGAAUAUGGCGUUCACAAUUUCCCACCUAGGCAAGACAGAAGACUGAAGAAGAUACCAGUUACUGCUGGCAAGCCGCUUAGCUAUGUUAUCCCUGGGGACACCUUCAGUGAUCUCGAAGAUGGCGACACUAGGAAACUCAAUUUGAGCCUUUAUCUUCAAGGAAGUCCAUUGAAACCUACCCACUGGCUACAAUUUAAUCGCCAUACUCAAGAAGUUUAUGGACUGCCACUCGAGAAUGACAUCUCUACCUGGGAUUAUGAGUUGGUUGCUGCCGACAGUGAAGGUCUCACUGUAUCUGACAGACUCGAUAUUCAUGUACAACAGCACAAACUAAGUCGCACCGUGAAUCACGAGUUUAGUAUUUAUCUGAGAUUGGAAAAACGCAGCGAAUAUCCUACCAAUGUCGAUUGGGAGCUUCAGGUUGUACGUCGUCUUGCUGAAUUAUACGGAGACAGUGAUCCAAGUCAAAUAACAGUUCGUUCUAUCGAGAUGCAACAAGAUCAAGCAAUCUUCACUUGGACCAAUGACAGUCUUCCUAGGAGUAGCGUGUGCCCGAAGGAGCAAAUUGACAAAUUAUUGGACGUUCUCGUUGCCAACGAGGAUGGUGAUCCCAGCGAUGUGCUCAAAGAAAUUUUAGCACCGACAAUCAGAGUUAAGCGAGUCGUUUAUCAAGGCAUAGGGCAAUGCGAGGAAAGAAAACGGCCAGAGCCACCAAAGGUUCCUACAGAGGAACCCACGGAGAACCUUCCUCCUAUGCCGAGAAACCAAGUGGAUCAUAUCAACGCAACUGUUGGACAGCUGCUUGUAUUCAGAGUACCAGAUGAUACAUUCUUUGACCAUGAGGAUGGAUCGACGCGUAAUAUGAAGAUGUCACUGUUGAAUAUUGACAUGACACCCAUCUCGCAAAAUGAUUGGUUACAAUUCGACAGUAAAAAUCAAGAAUUCUAUGGUAUACCGCUACAUAACAAUGUUGGACGUAAAGAGUAUCAACUGACGGUUACAGAUAAGGAUGGUGCAAGCGCUACCGACAGUCUCGUCGUGGUUGUGCAUCCCGCCCCAGUUAUGCAAUACAACGUGGAAUUUUUAAUGACUUUGGAAAUUCCAUACGAAAGUUUCGCACAGUCGGCCUUCCAGAAACGUAACUUUGUCGAAAAAUUGCGUGACCUCUUCCAAGACAAGGAUACUAAUUCUAUUGCUUUGGACAGCAUCGACAAAGGCAGCACUAUUGUCAUAUGGCACAAUAGAAGUUUGCCUACGUCAUUUUGUCCCAACGAGGAGAUCACCAGAUUACGUGAAGUCCUCGUAAAGGACAACAGAACGCUCACGGAUAGAGUGGAGGAAGUGAUGUGUCCUAAUUUCCCCGUGAGACAAGUUACCCUCACCCCCAUGGGAAUUUGUCUUGGUGAAUUGACCGGUAUUCAUUCACCGGACAGCCACGUGCCGCCUCUCGACGAUUCCACUUCCGUGGGAGCAUCGCACGAUGAUUACCUGAUCACGUUUGUCCUACCUGCAAUUAUUAUCGCCGCCAUGUUGCUCCUUGCCGGAAUCAUUGCAUGCGUGCUUUAUCGUCGAAGACGAAGUGGAAAAAUGAGCGUCAGCGAGCAAGAUGACGAGCGGCAGAGCUUCAGGAAUAAGGGAAUACCAGUAAUAUUUCAAGAUGAGCUCGAUGAGAAGCCAGAUCCAGGUAACAAGUCGCCAGUUAUUCUAAAAGAGGAAAAACCACCACUGCCACCCCCUGAAUACCAGAAGAGCGAGGACGGUGCAGACGUUCCUAUGCUUCAGAAGGAAAAUUCAGAGGAACCUUAUCAACCACCACCUCCGUUUGCUACGAAUCGAGAUAACAAUCGUCAGAAUCGACCAAAACCAACUCCCACAUACAGAAAACCACCACCGUACGUGCCCCCCUAACAAAGCACAGUGCACUCACCAACUCGCAAGUACAUGCUAGCAAUGCUCGGAGAUUCCCCAACACACAUGCAAAACCAAAAUAAUUAUCAGAAGAUCAAUCAGUUAAACGGCCAGAAUGACAGCUACGCGGCCCAUAACAUUUAUAGCAGUCGAUAAAGUUUACGUUCGGCAAUUUCUUAAAAGCAAUGAACGAUCGAUGGAUUCCUUUUAUUUUUAUCUCUUUUCUUUUUAAUUGUCAUCUCGAUCGACAUUUGGAGACUGCGUAGAUGCUCUGUUUUAUUACGCUAUACAUUGAUAUAUAUAUAUACACGUCGAUCAAGACACAACGAAACGAUCGCGUAUCGUUUCUAUCAGAACUUGAGCCAUCGAUCUUUCGUGAAACAUUUUUUACUCACUAUUUUAACUUCGUUUACGAUUCUACAGUAGCGGAUAUGGAAUACAAAUCACGCGUUGCCUUUCGUAACGAAUUCCACUCUAGACUAGGGCAGACUCGAAACAGCAGCAAGUACUCUAAUUCAACUAGAAAGGUGAGACCGUUGGACGAUGAAGGGCAGUGAAAAGUUUUUUUUUUUUCUGUCGCAAAGAAAUGCCGUGGAUACGACAGUAGAAACGUUCACGCGCGCGCACUCGCACUCGCACAUCCUCGUACACGAUAUUGAUGAAAUCAGUGCCAUUUAUUAAGCAAUAAGAAUAUAUCGAAUUGUGAAUUAUCCAGGACAGUAUGCAUACUUAUAUUAUGAUUAAUACAUCUGCGAAUAUCUACGGUUCGCGAUAAUAACGGCGAUGCAGUCUCCAAGCAACGAGAACUCGAAAAAGAAAACUGUUACUCUAUUAUACAAAGUACCUACUACGUAAAACACUGCCAGAAAUGAUUUACGAGGACAAUGAAAUUAAGGGAGAGAAAGAGAGAGAGAGAAUUAAGAAUCAUAAAGCAGUAGUGUGAUCAUACGAAAUCGAACAGGUCAUCUGAAGUUAUGAGCUUACGUUCGUGCCAAUAUCAUAUCGAUAUUGAUUUCACAAUAAUUAAUAAUUUAACCUGUUCGAAUAUCGUUGCUGAUGUAGAAAAGACGUACGAGUGGCGAAACUUAAAAAAUGUUUUUCUCAAAGAAAACAAAGUGACUUAAUGAUACCGUUUUUGAUGUAACGUCGCUGCAUAUUGAACCAACAAAUGCUUCCAUUGGCGCUGUAGGCCAUGCAGAAAUAAAACUGAAGAGGAAAUAAAAUGAAUAAUAUAUAAAUACGUAUACACAUUAGCCGUUCAUCGUUCGAUAGACCUUCAUCUGGUAGAUGUUUUUAAACUAUGACACAAGAGAAGCGACGUCACUUAAAUAUGAUACUACCGUAACGACUUCGGCACUUGCGGUUUCCUUCGUUGAAUCUCUUUUGUCUCACUAUCUUUUGCUUCUCUCUCAUUGCUCGAAAUUGCAAAGCUAUCGUCAAGGCAACAAAGCCGCCAGACAUGUUUUUCUUUUUUAAUUCCCUUACCGCGCACAAACACUCUUCGAACACGUUCUUCGAGGUGUCCAACGACCAAUCCUGACUUUUGUAUCUUUGAAUAACUUAAUUCUUUUCAACGGCGAACUGAAAGUGAACGUACACACGUAUUUCGUAUUCGACUGUGUCACGUUUAAAUCAGCGUUGAGAAUUUUUAACCCUGUUACAAGCACUAACACAUAUUCUUGCUCGAAGACGAUGAACUAUUUAAUUUAGAUUUUUAUAUAGUUACCAAGCCAAAAAUAUCUAAUAUUAAAUGAAAAAAGAAAAGAAUGAUAAAAUGGUGAAAACACUGAUCUAACGUUAUUACGUGGCCCGUAUCAUUCGAAUGGAAUGUACGCCUUGUAAUCUUGUAACGAUUUUUUAACUUUUUUAGCCCGCUAUGUUACUAUACGACAAUUAAAUAAUAAAGGAGUUGCGAAAAAGAAUUAUUAAUCGCGUAAAUCCGAGCGAAAACUACGGGUCACGUGACGUAUGCUCGCGCAACAGUUUUUGUCAAUCCGAUAUUUUUGAAAGGAAAUAGGCGAAACGAAUAAAAAAAAAAACUCGUGAUUCGACUUUGAAGGUACCCGUCAUGCUAUUCGUAAGUGAGCCGUGACGAGUUUCUGCAAAUUUUGGAGAUCACUCGUGUGACUCGUGUGAAUGAUAUGCUAAUGACGAUAAUAAUUGUGUAUGUAAAAUGAUAAGCGGAUGUUUGAUAUGCUAUCAAGGAGUAAUUAAUUAAACUACAAUAACGUAUUACUUAUUCAUUCGUUUCUUUGUAACGUAGAACUUAAGCACGUCUUUUUAAUAUGGUAACCAAGCCCUUGUCAUGUCACGUCUUGUUUAUCGCAAGGAUGGCAUCUUUUAAUUGGCUACGUGAUACAUACUUUUUUUUUGUAUACUCUUUUGUCUAUACAUUUUGAUAAGCGUCGGAUCUCAAAUGGGUAAGCUUUCGCGUCGACAGAUAUCGAUAAUAUCGUGAUAGACUUUUCGAUUCCAACCGUCUGUUGUUGAUUUUGCAAGUCCUGUACUUACAGACUCGAUUAAAUACUUGAAAAUACGAGCUGGCCAAUUGGAUACGUAUUCUCGUUUAAGUAAGAGCUCGUAAGAAAAAGAAAAGACGGAAGGCAGGAAGGAAUAGCAUACGUAGAAAUGGUAGUGUACGAAGACACUUCAUUGAGACUUUUUUGAGUACUUUGAUCGAUGAAAAUUUUAAAGGAACCCACAGUAGGUUUUUGUGUUGCUUCUUAAUAAGUAAUAUACAGUUUUCUAUGUAAUCUGCGAUAAACAAGAACAGAUCAUAUCAUGCUUUCCUCAUAUCAUUGUUCUACGCAUAUCCAUCAAACGCUACAUCGUAUUAUGUAAAAGCGGAUGUUAUGUAUCAUAGGCGUGUACGAUAUUUAUAAGAUGGGCAAAAACAACAAAGAAUAACAAUACAAGGGGUAGAGAAUAGCUUUUCGCCCAGCUUUCGAGUAAUUCGGAAACAGAGAGAAGUCUGAGUGCGCUGACCUUCGGAUUGUCCAAUUGAUAGUAGGAUGGACGUUUGAGCGGUGGAAAAUAUUUUGUAAUUGUAAAAAAAAAAUGUGAUCUCGACGUUUCUUAUUUGAAUCGCGCGCGUCUUUUUGAUUCUUGCAGAUACGCGAGUGGAGAAUUAAGACGCGAAUGCGAUGCACACGUCAGGAAAGAAAAGUUCCACGAAGAAUAAUGUCGCGCAAUGAAUGUCUUAUACAUAUACCUAAUAUCGCCUGGAAUUUUUAAGAUUUUUUUUUGUUCUUCAUAACGCUUUGAUAAUAAUAUAUAAACGUAUUCAUCGGUACUUGUGAAAGUAGGUGCAUUUGUUUUUUUUUUUGUAUCGAGCGUCGAGGCACCCAGUUGAAAUUUGAUAAAGGGACUAUAAGAAUCGGAAAAAAAAUAUAUCGACUCGUGACGAAUCUAACGAGUAAUUUUAAAUGGGAGCCUCGUUACAGUUUUACGACCAUAUAAUUAUAUAUCGUCCGUAAUAUAUGGAAGAAUAUUGAGAUAAUAAUAUACAUAUGCAGAUAGGUCUGACAAGUAUAUAUUCAACACGUGUAAAGUUAAAAGUUAAUAAAGUCAUUUUAGGGUAAACUUUUAUUUUGUGUCAGAAACUGAAUGCGACUUUAUAAUGAAAGUGUUAUUUGUUUAUGAUGUUAUUUUAUCCUGAUGGAAACAUCUGUAAAUGCUUGAAACAAUCAUCAAUCAUUGCAUUUACGUCAAAAUCGUAUGAACGUUAUCAUCAGAUCUGACCGUGAUAUCUGUAGAUAAUCUAAUUAGAUGUGGAUCAAUUAAAUCUAUCUAACCAUCUUUGAUAUGCUUAUGUAUACGGCAUACGAUAAUAUCAUGCAAAAUCAUACGAUAAGGGGUGUUUCCAAGUUUGUUUGUCUUUGUCAAUUUUUUUAUUACACCGUACACACGAAUAUGGCACGUCACAUGUCAAGAAAUGAGAACAAACAGCAAUGCAGAGGGGUACAGAACCAAAAAAUAAUGCUAUUGUAGCGUUAUCGUUAGCUAUAUCACGCGGACUCUAAAUUUCUAUUAGCUAUACGCUUAUAUACUCGCAAAAUGUAAUACUUUCUGUAAACCUCAAAAAUUCACUGAUAAUCCAAGUAACAUUACUCAUAUUAGUUUUAUCCUGUCACAAGAUCGAUUCUGACAAGAGAUCUCAAAUUAAAAGUAUACAACUUGA